AUCUUCAUGCACAAGUCUGCGAUGCAGAUGCACAGUCGGGAGGCGCACCGCAGCGAGGUGAAGCCGCACCAGUGCCAGCAGUGCCUCAAGUCCUUCUCCUCCAACCAUCAGCUGGUGCAGCACAUCCGGGUCCACACCGGGGAGAAACCCUACAAGUGCUCCUACUGCGACCGCCGUUUCAAGCAGCUGUCUCACGUGCAGCAGCACACUCGACUACACACUGGUGAGCGCCCCUACAAAUGCCACCUUCCGGACUGCGGCCGCGCCUUCAUCCAGCUGUCGAACCUGCAGCAGCACCUCCGCAACCAUGACGCGCAGCUGGAGCGCAUGAAGAACCGGCCGUUCCAUUGCAACAUCUGCGGGAAGGGCUUUGCCACUGAGAGUUCGCUUCGGACCCACACAUCUAAGCACGCGGCCCUGGUCGGCGGCCCCAACGCUGUCAAUUGCCCUCAGUGCCAGAAACUGUUCAUGAAUGGCGAGCAGCUGAUGGAGCACAUGAAGUAUACGCACAGAGACCCGAACGCCUCGGGAGUGGCAGCGAAGCGCCGCACGGCCUCCCACUCGUGCCCCGUGUGCGGGAAACACUACGUGAAUGAGGGCAGCCUCCGGAAGCACCUGGCAUGUCACCCCGAGACCUCGCAGUUCACCUCCUCACUCAGGAUGUGGCCCUGCUCCGUGUGCCACGCUGUCUUCACCCACGAGUCAGGUCUCCUGAACCACAUGGAGCACAUGCGGAUGGACCCGAAGCACCAGUUCGCCGCCCAGUACGUCCUCUCCCGAGCCGCCGCCGAGCGACGCGAGCGAGAGAGCAUCCUCGGCCUGGCCCAAGUCGGCCUGCAGGGCGGGGGCAAUCACCGCACCAGAUGCAGCACCAGGUUCAGCACCAAGCGCCGAUGUCCAUGGCGGCUUCCCCGUCCACCCAGAGCGACGCCUCCUCCCGGAUGUCAACGCCUGCGGAGAAGUUGGAGUCCGGGAUCGGCCGCAUGCCUUCCCCGUCGGACGCCCUGCGCUCCAUAUCCAGCCACCAUGACGUCAUGAACCACAUGCGCCCGCACCCCACCGACAACAUGCGCGCCAUGAUCAGCCAGAGCCAGGCAGAGCUCGUCAAGUCCACACUAACAUCGCAAGCCGAGAGCAUCCGCAACGCCAUGGCCUCGCAGGCUGAAGUCAUCCGUUCUCUAUCCAACCACCAGCACGGACUGCAGCCAUU